AUGUCCUCCAAGGACCAAGACGUCGAGGCCCCAGCCGAUGAGCGACCGCAAGAAAAAGAAAAGGUCCGACGCUCAAAAUCCGAACGAAAGGAGCGUAGAGAUCGCGACCGAGAUCACGAUCGAGAAAGGGAUAAGGACCCUGAGCGCCGCCGACAUCGCACAUCUCGACCUUCUAGGAGCAAGCUUGGAAGCGAAGCCAGCGACAGUCUUUCUCACACAUCCAGUCGCCGCCAUCGCCACCGCAAGGAUAGAGAGAGUGACGAACAUCACCGUCGGCAUCACCGCACUGCUUCCACCAGCGAUUUAGCCAGCUCUGACAUUGCAAGGACCUCGACAGCAGCGACAUCUAUCUUGUCUGACCGUAUUUCAAUGCCUUAUCCAUCAUUUAGCAAGGCACACAGCAAAGAGGCUAUCGUUAGUCGCGAUUCUCUAUCACUCAAACCCCCGACUCGUGAGCCACCGGCGCCUCCUACUGCCGAAGAGCUCACAUCCCGUAGGCGAUCUGGCGGUAGCAAUUCCAAUGCGCCACCUAGUCCACCCCCAACAGACCUGGACGCGGACAAGACUGCUGUAAACGAAGAAACCCCGGAUGAACCAGCCGACGAGGAACCUACGAAUGAGGAAACCUAUGAAGAGGAAACGUUAAAUGCCGAAUCACCCAGAGACGAAAUUCCAAGAAUUGAGACCCCAACCGAGGAACCUCCGGCAUCAGAGGCUGGGCUGAAGAAAUCAAAGUCGAGAUUGUCUAGUCACUCUCGAUCAGCUUCACGAAACGAGGAGCGUUCCCGUGUUAGUCGCCGAUCAGGAGCUUCGAGUCAAGCUACUUAUGUGAAAUCUUCGCAUCGUUCUGCUGAAAAGAUUCGACGUUCUGAUUCACGGGCCUCUAAUUCUUCCCAUCGCUCUGUUCAUCGAACUUCUUCCACUAGAAGCCACAGAAAGUAUGAAGCAGAUGGUCCGUCCUCCCCCUCUAGUGCUCAGGAUUCCUCUCCUAGAACACCAACUCAAGCGCCUUUCCCUCAUGGAUAUCCCGAUACGAAGCGUGAGACCCCCUCGGUUAUCGAUGUUCAAGAUGUCGAUUCGAAUCUGCAUUCAAAAACGGCGACUCCUGCCUCUGCUUUCGGCAUUGCCCCUCCACCUCCGCCUCCGCCGCCGGCACUUGAUGUGCAUGACAUGCCUCGGGUUGAUUAUCUUCUUCAAAACGGCGGCCUUGCUUACACAGCUCCUAAAAACUUUCUUUCAGUGCUGCCUCGCCAAAACGGUACACGACCUUCUAAUCCUCCCCUUGUCGGAACAGAUACUCUCUUUGCUCCAUUUCAUAACCUACUAGACCAAUACAACACUGUACUCAGCAAGCAAGGCUCAAUCGCUGUCGCUACUGGACAUCGUUCGGUCGCUCGUCGGCUGUUGGACCGCCUCGAGAAUGUCUUUUCUCGUGAUCUCCCUCCUUAUGGCUGUACCUGCGUCAUGUGUGACAACCCACACGAGAUCCACGAUGGUCUCAACUGGGGCGAUGUCUUGGAGUGGGUGAGUGGUCGCAUCGAGCUUCCACAGUGGCCUCCUUUCGAUUUGGCCGAAGUCGGUACUAAGGCUGCUGAGAUCUCUGGAGAUGUACCUCCUCGACCUGCAUCACCUGUUCAAUUGGAUCCGGAUAUUGCGGAGGAGUUUAGAGAGCACUAUCUUCGCCAGUCAAAAAAGGUCCGAACUGCCGUCGAUCGAUGGUUGUCUAACACUGGAGAAACUCCAGUACCACCACCUCAGGAUGUCGACGACGAGACGUUAUCUUUUGCCAUUCUUACAAACCUCGAUGCUGAAGACCGCCCCUACUUCAACGCUAUCAUGACCGGCUCUAAGGAGCUGAAGUCAUCCGUUCGUGCCCCCACACCAGGGCAUCGACCUCGAACAGAUUUUCUUAUCAAGACUGGUCUCGCAUUGCAACGCUUGUACCGAUUGCAACAGGUUCCUCGGGAUGCCGAGUCUGCUACAUACCUGGUCAAAAAUCCCCACACUCACGAUCUUUUGGUCGCACUUUCCAACAUCAAUAAUUCCGAGUGGGAGAUCCUCAUUUCUGGGCGAUUCGAUGGCUUCCUCUGGUCUGGGGCCGAUGACGAGCCUCAGACACCGUACCCUGAAUCUCGAGGACCUACACCAGCUAGUUCCUACUAUAACACACGAACGAUGAGCCCGGGACCACGAGCUUCCUCAUCUUUCAGUUCAAGAAACACAACUCCAUUCUCGGUGUACUCCCGAGGUACGACACCAGCCUCGUUUGUUAGUGUCAACACAAGCGGUGUGCCUGGAAGUCGGCAAGCUGUUUCCAAUGACGAGGAGAUGGAGAUGGCAGCCAUCGCAGAGAUUGAACGGGAGAUCUACAAGGGUAUGGAGACUUUGGAAGAUGCCUUUGAAAAACUACACAAGAAGGCUGAAGUUGUCCGAAAUGCAUUGCGUCAGCGGGGAGCCGGUUUGAUGCAGAACCUGCAGAACCGCCGUCGUAUCGAUGUGCUUUCAGGUCCCAACUCUGGUAACUCACAGUCUUCGGGUUACGAACGGCCAGCUUGGGCUGGAGAGAGCGAUCGUGAUCCAGGCAGUGAUGACGACUGGGCUUUGGACGAUAUUGACAUCAUGCCUGAUGAUUCGGCCAGCAACAUCAGCAGCUCACGACAUAGACGACCUAAGAGGCGUACGGAGCGGCGAACACCUGCGCCAAUCAACGAAGAAGACGAGGAUUGA